UCAACCGAGAAAGAGAAGUGGGAAAACCUUUUAAUUAAUUCAGAAGAACGAUUGAUGAAAUUACCAAAAAACGCGAGUAUCCAGCCGUAUCACCAUCAAGACAGACAUAAAUAAGCAGACGCAGGCCUUAUUGGAUGCCCUUGGACAGCUCGUCCAGGGUCAACGUGCACUGCAAAACGAUGCGGCCGCCGCCGCUCCAUUGCUACAGCAGCCACAACACGCAGUUGCACCACCUUUUCGUCCAUUCGAUACGGAAUUGGAAAGCUGGACGGAGUGGUCAUGCCAAUUUGGAUUCCAUCUCGCCGCCUACAGAAUUCAAGGUAACGAGCGGCAGCCUCAUCUCCUUUCUUGUGUAGGUGUGUCCACCUACCGUGUGAUAGUGAAAUUGUUUCCCCGACGCGACGUAGCAACUCUGUCCUACGAAGAAAUUUUGUCUGCUUUAGAUGCCUAUUUCAAAGAAUCAGUCAAUGUCGUUGCAAAAAGGUAUACAUUCUUUCGUACAAAACGUAUGGCCGGUCAGACUAAUCGGGAGUGGGUUGCAACUUUGCAAGGCCUUACUAGGGAUUGUGCUUUUGAGUGUGAAUGUGGACUCCCUUAUUCAGAUACUAUGGUGUGUGAUGCAAUUGUACAGAACGUUUCUGAUGUUCGCGUAAGGGAACAGAUUUUGAAACUAGUCAAUCCCUCCCUUCAACAAGUGAUGGACAUAUUGGAUAGGCAAGACACACUUGACUUUGCUCAGGAAUCAUUUGAAACUUCGCCAGCUGUGUGUCACAUUAACCGGCCUGCUGGGCGAGCUGCACGGAACUGUAAACAGCCCUCGCGCACGUCCGCGCAGCCACGUGUGCCGCACAAGCACGCAAAUGCAGUGAAAUCAUGCCCGCGGUGUGCUACUAGACAUUCGCGUGAGAAUUGCCCGUCACGCCAUGCUAUUUGCUUCUUCUGUAAUAAGAAAGGUCAUGUUCAAAGUGUUUGCCAGAAAAAGCUUAGAACGGACACUAACAACCAUUCCAGGCCCUUUGCUUCGCGCUGGAAUCGAACCAAGGAUACUCAGGCUUGUGAACCUUCGCCCAUGGAAAUUAAUGUAGUUAAUUCCACUCCGUCCAGUGCUUCUCUCUCUAACAGUGACUGUGUUCGUCCCACAACAAGUGUGCGUCGACAUCGACGGAAAUCACGUCAAGUCGCAAGUGAUUUUGUACCUGUGUCAGUUACCAUUGCACGAGACAGUCGCUCUUGUCGUCAGCAGGACAAUAAACUUUUUGUAGACUUGGAAAUUAAUGGCAACGUGAUACCUUUCCAGCUCGAAACCGGAGCUGCAGUUUCAUUGCUCAAUAAAGACUGUACAAACAACUGGGCACACCUCCGUUGCGUGCCGCAAAUGUUAAGCUAACUACAUAUUCAGGUCACAAGAUCCCUGUGUUAGGACAGUGCAGCCUUCUUGCAACAUACAAGGGACAAACAAAACUUGUGUCUUUUUACGUCCUUCGUUCUUCUGCAGUGAACUUGUUUGGUUUAGUUUUAUUUCAAUUGUUUAACUUGUCUAUAGUCAAUCAGGUCCUAUCAGUGGACCAGACUGUGCCUUCAGCCAGUGUUUCUCGUCUAUGUGAAGAAUUUGCAGACAUUUUUGCACUGGGCCUUGGUUGCGCUAAGAACUAUGCAGCACAUUUGGAACUGAAAGUAAACGCGCAACCGAAAUUUUUCAGAGCGCGCAAUGUUCCCCACGCAUUGCGUGAUGAGGUCGCAAGAACGUUAAACGAUUUAGAAUCACAAGGUGUAAUUGAACAUGUGCAGGCUUCUCUCUGGGCCUCACCCUUAGUAAUUUUGCAAAAACUUCGGGAAAAUUGAGACUUUGUGUGGACUUCAAGGCAACAGUGAAUCCACAACUAGUGACUGCUACUUUUCCUUUACCCCGCCCAGAAGAUCUUUUUGACAAACUGUGCCCGGGUAAAUAUUUUUCGAAGUUGGACCUAGCAGAUGCGUAAUUGCAAAUACCGGUGGACGAAGAAUCCCAGUGUGUAUUGGUGGUUAACACGCAUCUUGGUUUGUACCAAUUCAAAAGACUGCCAUUCGGGUGUGCAUCCGCCCCUGCAUUGUUUCAGCAAUAUUUACAAAAUGUUUGUGCGUCGGUCCCUACUGCAGCAAACUAUCUGGACGAUAUUGUGAUCUCCGGAAAGACAGAAGAAGAACAUUUAGCCAACCUCCGAAUAUUAUUUCAGGUCUUGCGACAAAAUGGUCUUCGCUUGCGGAAGGACAAAUGUGUGUUUUUUGCUCGUGAUUUGCCAUAUCUGGGACAUGUACUCAAUGCCCAAGGCAUACAUCCCAGUCCAGAGCACCUUCGUGCCAUACAAGACUUGCCUUCGCCGCAGAAUUUGAAGCAGCUACAGAGUGUGCUGGGUAAAAUAAAUUAUUACCAUCGCUAUAUCCCCCAUGCCUCUUCCAUUUCAGCUCCGCUUCAUCGCUUACGCCGUAGAGAUGUUCCGUUGGUCUGGGCGACGGAAUGCGAACGCGCCUUUCGCCAGUUGCAAUCGGCGUUGCUUUCUAGUACUUGCCUUACGCCUUUCGAUCCCCAGAAACCCCUUUUGUUGAUGGUAGAUGCAUCGGAUUUCGGGAUCGGUGCUGUGCUUGCGCACAAAGAUGGCUCGCAUGAUCGCCCUAUUGCCUUUGCGUCCAAAUUGCUCUCGUCUGUGCAACGAAAUUAUUCACAGAUCGAGAAAGAAGCUUUGGCUCUCGUAUUUGGUGUUACAAAGUUUCAUGACUUCUUGUAUGGUCGUCACUUUACCAUCAUCACAGACCACAAACCUUUGACAUCGCUUUUUCAUCCGAACAAGGCUGUACUUCCACGUACAGCACAGAAAUUCAUUCGCUGGUCUAUUUUCCUCUCGCAGUACCGCUACGAUAUCUUGUAUCGGUCCACUGCUAAGCACGGAAACGCCGAUGCGUUGUCCCGUUUGCCUGUUGCUGCGGAUAGAGCAUUCGAUUCUUCCGAACUUGCUUGCAUGUUCAUUGAUUCGGAAACCGAUGACGUGGUAGAAUCGUUUCCGAUGGAUUUUCGUCGUGUAGCUACAGCCACAGCUGCUGACCCUGUCCUUGCUACCAUUCUGCGUUUUGUUGCUACGCAAUGGCCCUUGUCAACGACACGGAUCGAGGAUCCGUUGGUUCGCCGAGUUUUUGCUCACAAGGAGGGACUUUUUGAACGAUGUGGUGUUUUGCUGUUGCGCUCUGAUAAUGAUCAGUCCAGGGUCGUGGUCCCACGUUCGUUACAGUCCUCUGUCUUAAAGCUUCUCCACCAAGGACAUUGGGGUAUAGUGAGCACGAAACAACUUGCUCGCCAGUACUGUACUUGGUUCGGAAUCGAUGCUGCGAUUACGACUAUGUGCUCUUCUUGCAUGGCGUGUGCCGAACAACAAUCCGCACCACCGCGGAAAUUCUUUGCAUGGCCGCCAGCCACUACCCCUUGGCAACGCUUACACAUCGAUUUUGCUGGUCCAUACUGGAAUGCUCGAUGGUUGGUUGUUGUCGAUUCAUUCAGUAAUUUUCCUUUUGUUGUCCGGAUGUCUUCCACGACGUCUUCUGCCACAAUCCAAGCGUUGUCCGCUAUCUUUUGCAUUGAAGGUCUUCCACAGACUAUUGUUUCCGACAAUGGCGCACAAUUCAUGUCUGCCGAAUUUCAGUCAUUCUGCAAGGCCAAUGGUAUUCAACAUCUGACAUCUGCGCCGUUUUCGCCACACUCAAACGGUGCCGCUGAACGUUUGGUCCGGACUUUCAAGUCCCAGAUGUUGAAGUUGAAAGAGUCGCAUUCUCGGGAGGACGCGUUGUUGCUCUUUUUGUCCUCGUAUCGCUCUCAGCCCCGCGAUGGUCGCUCGCCGGUUGAGUUGCUUCACGGUCGCCCUCAUCGACCUUGAUGUCUUUGCUGCAUCCGCCGCAUCAGGUUCCUGUGCAGCGGCAGACGCAUGCUUUUGCUCCCGACGACGUUGUAUACUAUCGCAACUAUCGAGGUUCACGGCGUUGGCUCGCAGGGCGCAUUCUUCGCUGCCUCGGCCGCGCGAUGUAUCUGGUUUUGGGGGCCUCUGGUGACGUGCUUCGGCAUCUCAAUCAGCUGCGCCUCUGUCGUCGCACGGGAUCUGCCGCUCCCCGUCUGCUUUCAGCGACGGUGCCGUCCGGUCAGCGCCCUGGGGACCCAUCUACUGGCUCGCCUCAUCCCCAGGUGUUACC